UUUAUUUUGCAAGAAUAAUACUUCCUGUGUGUUGGUGUUGUCAUACUGACGACAUAGGAAGCAAAUUGAAGGCUAACCGUGUCAAACUAACGACCAUCCUAAUUUUUGUGAUCAGUGUUACUUUUAUAUAGUUUUUCACAAUUUCAAAGCUUGAAUCAUGAUGCAGUUUAUCCUUGGCUUCACUCUGGGUAACGUGGUUGGCAUGUAUCUGGCACAGAACUACGAGGUACCCAAUAUUUCAAAGAAAAUCGAGGCCUUUAAAAAGGAUGUGGAAGCCAAGAAGAAACCCCCUGGUCCGGAGUGACGGACAAGAGCCCUGCCUGGAAAUAUCAUAUGGCUAUUUAUAAAAUAUAUGAAGAUGGAGGGACAUUUAAGAACAAGCAUAUAAUAUAGUUGAUGUUAUUGUAUAAAAGAGCCCUCAAGAUGCAUAGUGUCAAAUAGUGCCUAAACAUCUCAUUUGAGCAUUGUUUUGCAUUGUAUUCUAUUUCUCUCUCUCUCAGUUCUUGGGAUUUUUGUAUUUAUUGAGAAACAUGUUUGCAGUGCAAAUUGCUGUGGACAAAUAGAAACUGCAUGUAAAAUCAGUUAUUCAGAACAAAUUACAGAAGUAUGUUUUAAAAGCUUCUUUAUACUAUUAUGUAAUAAAGGUUAUACAAAUAAAAGUU